AUGUUAUCUCCUAAUUUUCGCAAAGCCACGAUUGAAGAGUUGCAAGCUAUGGGGGAAAAUAAGACAUGGACUGUUGAGCCUUUACCUCCUGGUAAAAAUGUGGUUGGUUGUAAAUGGGUUUAUACCAUUAAAUACAACGCAGAUGGCACAGUGGAGCGUUACAAAGCUCGCUUGGUGGCUAAGGGCUCACACACUAUACAAGGAUGGAGUAUGUCUCAAAUGGACGUCUCUAAUGCGUUUUUUCAUAGUGAUCUUGAUGAGGAAAUCUUUAUGAGUAUUCCCGAGGGUUAUGUACCCGCAUCUGGUUCUAUUCCUCCUAAUCUAGUUUGUCGUCUUCAUAAGUCGCUAUAUGGGUUGAAGCAAGCCUCACGUCAAUGGUACCAAUGUCUAUAUGCGGUCUUCUUAUCUGAUGUUUACACUCAAUCUCCAGCAGGCAACACAUUAUUUGUCAAGCAACAUGGUUAUGUCUUCUCUGCUGCUCUUGUGUAUGUGGAUGAUAUAAUGAUCGUUGGCAAUAAUGAUGCAGAAGUUGCUCUCUUCAAGAAUACUCUUAGCUCGCGUUUCAAGAUCAAAGACUUAGGACCAUUACAUUUCAUCAUUGGUUUGGAGAUUGCUAGAACAUCUGAAGGUAUUUCUAUCUCCCAACAGAAAUACGCAUUGAGUCUUCUCUCUGAUGCUGGUCUUUUUGCCUGUAAGCCGAGUUCAGUACCUAUGGAUCCUUUGGUUAAGUUGAGUAAGGACUAUGGUACUAAGCUUCAGGAUCCGACUAGCUAUCAUUCUCUGAUUGGUCGUCUUCUCUAUUUGACGAUCACUUGUCUUGUCAUCACAUUUAUGGUGCAUUGUCUCAGUCAAUUCAUGGCAUCUCCUACAGAUGUUCAUCUUGAAGCUGCUCAUAAGAUUCUUCGAUACAUCAAGAAUAAUCCGGGACAAGGACUCUUCUGCUCUGCUUCUUUUCGACUGUAUCUCAAUGCAUUUACUGAUGCUAAUUGGGCAGUAUGUCCUGAUAGUGGACGCUCUCUUACUGGUUAUUGUGUCUACCUUGGCAACUCUUUGAUUACUGAUGUUAGGAGAUUUCAAGGCUCCUAA